UGAGAUGAAGGUACGGUCACAAACCAGGAAGCAGGACAUUCAACAUCAACCGGCACCUCUCCGCCUCUUCAAGCUCCAAGUCGCACCUCGUUGCAUACAGCUCAUGGUAGAGCCUUCUCCUGGAAGCACGAGAGAUGUUGCUGCUGGUGCUGUGUGCACUUCUCCUGCUGUUCUGCAGUCUGGAUGUGUGGUACUUCCUACGUGGGGCCCACGUGUUCGUCCAUGCAUGGUUUCAGCCCCGAAUAUGGGACCUUCUAGCCGAGCAAAGCAUCAAUGGAAUAGUCCUCCCCCAUGAUUUGGACUACUUUGGUCACAUGAACAACUCCCGCUACCUGAGGGAGUGUGACUUUGCCCGCUUCUGCCACUACAUGCGAAGCGGCAUUUUCAUGGGCUCGUGCAAAAUGGGGGCCAAAUUGAUUGUAGGGGCCUCUACUAUUCGUUACCGGCGCUCUUUGGGGUUGGGCGAGGCUUUUGAGAUUCGGACCAAAAUAUUGGGCUGGGAUGAGAAGGCCUUUUACUUGGAGCACCGCUUCGUGUCCAAGAGAGAUGGCUUCGUCUCCGCGGUGAUGCUCUGCAGGCAGAAUGUGGUGCGUGGCAGCCCAGAGAAGCUGAUAGAGUUUAUCUGCAAAAGGAAAAUCGAGUGCCCUGAGUUUCCUGAAGACCUAAAGCACUGGAUCAGCUUCAUUUCAGCCAGCAGCCAGGCCCUGAGAGCAGAGAGUGGACUGGAGGAGAAGAACAAGUGAGGACAAACCAGGACACCAGGGCCCAUCAUAAGUAGUCUCUACAUAUCAUUUGCACGCACAUGUACAUCCACACACACAGUGGAACAUUCUAGAGAAAAUUUAGUUGAAAGCUUGAUCUGAACAGAAAUACUUAGACCAGUUGAAUAUGAAAACUUGAUCUCUGAGGUAUUCCAUGUUUUCAAAAGUACUGUAUAAUGAAAGCCAAUUGUUGUCUCAGAAGGAAGUGAUGACAACCUAGGGAAGGCACUUUCUCCAUGCAGCUCAUACUAUAAAUAGAUUCCAGACUUUUGUUAUGUUUUAGCAGAAUCUGACUCGAGAUAUGCAUGUGGAACACGAGAUAAUUUUCCAUCGACAUCUGUGCAUGUUUUGAAACAAAGGGAUGAUUUUUUUUUUGUGCCUGUAUCUCAUAAGCAGCAAUUUAUAGUAACAAUGUAGGAGAAUUAACAGUAACGUUUUACCAAUUUUGAGUUUGAUCAAUUACUUGAAUGGGCUUUUUCAGUAUGUUCUGGAGGUUGUGUUCACUUUACCCAAAAAGUUUGCACAAAUCAUCCUAAGUAUAUAGGUGAACUGGAUUCCUGUUGUUUGAUUUGCUGUCAUCAUUCUGAGGGAUCCCUGAGGCAUGUCAAGGGUGGGUUGCUUGAGCCACUUACAAAUAGCUUGGUUCACAUUUGACUUUCACAGGCAAAUGCUAACAUGAGGCUGCUGGCAACUCCUCAAAGUGUGCACCUUCAAGAUGGCCACUUGGAAUGUAGAGUGAGACUCUGUUAUCAUCAGGACAGGUGUCUUAAAAUCUUGAACCCACCCUUUUGAUGCACUAAGGUUUUUGUCACCUUUUUUUCUACCAAAGUAUGUAUUAUUCUGUAUGAAAAAAAUAUAUAUUUAUUUUUGAAGAAAAUGUCUGUACAUCAAUGUUAUAUCAUGUAUUUUGUCAUUGCACUGGGAACAAAAAGUUUGGCUAUUUGGUUGGUGGUAAAACUGGUGAUUUGAAGAUGAUAUACACUGUUCAUUUAGAUUCCACUUGUUCUGUUAUUAUUAUACAUAAAUUAUUCCAAGGGAUUCAUGUGUCAGUCUUUUAUUUAUUGUGACUGUUAAUUCUUUAAAUGCAUUUUGAAUUAAACAAUGCAUUGGAAACU